AUUAUAACUCAAAUGGAGAAGUAAGCCCGAGACAGCUUUUACACGCCAUUGAUUUCUUUCACUGUCAAUGAGUCUUUCGCACGCUCAUCUUCAGCUCUUCUCCUUUUUUCCUCAAGCAAGUUUGGCAUCUCCGAAUCAAUCACAUCCAAUCUACAUUAGCAACAAUGAAAGCCCCCACAAUACACCCCCUGUUUUACGGUGUAAUUAUACUCAGGGCCCUGAUGUGUGGUGCUCAAAACAACUCGUAUAAUGUGCCAUCCUUGUUGGCCUCAACUCCUGACCCAAGAACACCAGAAGAAAAUGUAGCAACCGGUGCUAUGUCUCCACGUCCGUCAUCCCAAGCUGCCACCACCCCAUUGCCCUCCGCCGUGAGAAGCACCUCUAAACCGAACCCUUUGCCGGAUUUGACGCCAAGCAGCGUCGCCACACCCGUGGGCGUGCUGGACACUCGUAACUGCAUCCCACUCAUGAUGCUAACAGGAGGCCUGAUCCUAAUCUGCCUCAUUCUUCUCCUGUCCACUUCAAUGCUGACCUGCAAAGUGUGCCAGAUGAGCAAACGCAUCAGGAUGCUGGGAAGCGACUUCGCAAAGCAGAUGGAAUCGAACGGGAAAUACAAAAGUAACUUGGAGACGGAAGCCAAAGAGACCAGUAUGCUACUCACUGACUUGAAUGAAACGCAGAAAGAAGUGGACCGUAGUGGCCCCAAAGAAGAAGAUGUGAAGGUACGUGAGAACGGAGAAAAGGGAGAAGGGAAGCAGGAGGCUGAAGAGGCUGCCAAAAGUGAAGAAGCUGCUGAUGUCACCCCAGUGGAUGAUUCAUCCUGUCUGACACAGCAAAAACCUGGUGAUGCCAACGCUUCAGUUGCCGCCUCCCCUGAUGGAACGGAGAAACAGAAAGAUGUGGUUUAGCAUUCUGUGUGUGUGUGUGGGGGGGGGGGGGGGGUUCCUUUUAACCACUUGUAUUUUAGCAUCGUAUUGCCAAAUCGCUACACAGCUUUUGUUUUACAGCAUGGCCGUCCAAUCCACCAGUUUGUUUCUUUGCAGCCCAAGAUAUUUGCAGCAAGCCCCCACAUAACUGCGUGUCAUAUGCAAAUUAACAUAUUUUUCUCAUUUGGCUGGGAGGGGAAGGGGGAGGGGUGAACUCACCUCUUUUACUGGCUGAAAAGUAAACCGCCGUUUUUAUGCUCUCGUCAAAGCAAUAAAAGUUUUACUUUGCUGCCGUAUUGUGUUAUAUUGUCCAGUAACUAUGCUAAAAUGAGUCGAAUUGAAAACCGUAUCAUUUAUCCAAAAUGUUGCUAUGGCACCAUCUUGUUGCAUUUUGUGGUCAAGGAACUAUGUUGAAAUGAAUUUCAUUUCAACUAAAGUAGCGGUUUGGAGCCAUCUUGUGGCAUCUUGGAGUAGUUAACGAUUUUUAUUUAGAUUUUUUUUUUUUUUAAAUAGUGUUUUUACACCAUCUUAACUAUGUGAAAAUGAGUUGACGAUCAUUUACACAAAAUACUGCAUCAGCGCCCUUUUGUGGCAAACUGGGGUCAAGGAACUAUGUUGAAAUGAGUUAAGUUGUUUCAUAUAAACUACAAUCGUGCUUUGGAGCCAUCUUGUGGCAUCUUGGAGUUACGUUGGUUCAUUUAGACAAAAAUAGUUCUUUGACACCCUCCUGUGGCAUCUUGGUGUCAAGUUACUACGUUGAAAUUAGGAAGAAAUAUAAAUUACACAAAAAAUAUGCUUUGGUGCCAAUUUGUGGUAUAUUGGGGUCAAUGGAAUGCUGUACUAAUCGCCUGCUAGUGACAAGCAGAUAAAGAUUGCAAGCAACCAUCGAAAGCAAUUUUGUUCCGUCGUUUAUUGUCUCACAAUUGUUCAUAUAAAUUCAUGUCCUUUUGUUGUACGGAAUUGAAGCGAAGCGCUGUGAAAAGUGAUCAGACGGAUGUCGGCCUUGUCUGCUGCAUGUGUCACACAGCAUUUUUAAAAGGAUGAUUUAUUUAGUAUGUAAGCGAGAAGGAUUUUCAAAGAACUUGACGUGAGCGGUUCAUUUUUUGACUUUUAAUUCCAUUCUUGUCAAAAAAAAAAAA